AUGACCGAUAAGAUAACCACGCUUCUCCUCGUAGACGUUCAAAAAGACUUUCAUCCCGGCGGCAGCUUGGCCAUUCCCGCUGCCAACGACGACGCCGACAAGAUUGCCAAACUGAUUGAAACCCACGGCUCCCAAAUUACCCGCAUUGUGGCCACCAUGGAUUCCCACUUGAAAUUGCACAUUGCACAUCCUGGGUUUUGGGUUUCUGGUGCGGAUGGAAAAACGCAACCAACGCCCUUCACCCUUAUUUCGUCGCAAGAAAUUGUGGAUGGCAAAUGGAAACCUCGGUCCACUCUCAAUUUGGACUUGGGAGACGAUCAAAUAGACGGCAGUGUGUUUCAUGGACUUGACAAAGUGGUGGACGCUGAUGGUAAAAUUGACUUGCUCAAGUAUUCCAUUGAAUAUACCAAGCGACUGGAAGAAAAGGGAAAAUUCCAAUUGUGCAUUUGGCCCGAACAUUGUUUGGUGGGCAAGGAGGGACAUUGCAUGGUAGAUCCCAUUAUGAAAGCCAUUGAUGAAUGGUCCAUGACGACUGGUGGUAGUGUCGAAUAUAUCUUGAAGGGCCAAAACUUGAUUACAGAGUCGUAUUCGGCAUUGGAGGCAGAGGUCCCAGUCACAAAAGGAACUUCCUUCAAUGAAUCCUUGCAAAAGCGUUUGGAAGAGUCUGAUCAUUUACUAGUAUGUGGACAGGCCAUGAGUCAUUGUGUGAAUUAUACGUUACGUUCGAUUGUGGAACGAUGGCCCAAGGAAAAGUAUGGAAAUAUUACCCUAUUGACGGAUUGUGCUUCGUCAGUACCAGGAUUUGAAGAAUCGGGAGAAAUAUUUCAAAAGGACAUGGCGGCAAUUGGUGUGAAUCUAAAGACAGCUGCAGAAGCAUUGUGA